AUGGCGGCCAUGGAGAAAUAUUACUCGGACCUGUCGUCCAUUGAAAAUGUCAUUCGUAAUUGGGAUCCAGUUAGAAGGAUAAUGAUAGAACCUCCUUCGGAGAAGUCUAGAUCAAGAAGUGCUAGAUCGAGGGACGUGGGUAUUUUAGACACUGUCAGAGAGGUCCCUGUAAAUAAUUUUCACGUGUGGUACGUGAAGUCCAGCGAUCCUUGGCAGGAUUCUAUGUAUAACACGGUGGUUGGUCAGAUGAAGGAAAAUUUAUUGGCAAAAUCUGCUCUUCCUGUUGAAGUAGAACCUGAACCAGAUCUCAAACUGAAAAUUUAUUCCAUCCUUAAGUCGAAAGGUAUCGAGAGACGAAUGAGAAAAACAUACGGAGACGUUUAUCAGUUGGUUUCUAUCAACCAAAUGCCGGAAGUCAUCUCCGUUAACGACUCGAUCCAAGCCAGCGAACUCGCUGUUCAAGAAAAUCAUGCAUCUGUACUAAAGAUUAGCAGAAGAUAUGAGAGAAAAUCAACGAGUAGGAUAGAAGAGAAAAAAUCGCCCAUCAAAGUGGAGGAUCGUUUUAUGAACGAGUUGACGAUCGAAAGCAAGGACUCGACGAAUUCUUUCUCAGAGACGAUCAUAGAAGAACCCUUGAGGCCACGAUGGAUCUUGCUGCCGAACGAAAGUCACCGGUUCAAGAUUCGUUUUCAACCGGAAGAAGUUGGCCACUACAGCGAAACGUACGCUUUGACCAUCCUGGAUGGAAAUAACGUCACGUACGAAGUAUCUGUCAACGGAGUCGCGGAUAUACCAAGAAUUGACAUUAAUCCUUACAUCAUUUUUCCUCAUAUUACGGAUGAUCAAUUACAAGCAGCACAGAGUUCCUCCUACAUUUGCGACAGAGGGGUGUACGAUUUUGGUUCAAUAUUGGUUCUACGAAAAGACAAAAGGCCGCAUCGUCGUCAGGCUCGACUCAAGUUUUCCAACAUUUCCGAGGUGGAGGCGGAGGUGGAAUUCUCGGUGACGGAAAACGGGCCCGAGUGCUUCGACGUGCAACCGGUGCAGCUGUUUAUCGCUCCGGGCAAGUGUGAGUUUAUGGAGUUAUCGGCCAUCGCUACCAGGCUAGGAAUUAUCGCGGGAAGAUUGCAUCUGUGCGUGAAAGAUAAUCCGCAGGUUCACACAAUUGAGUUGCAAGGUGAAGGAACGAAAUUAGACAUCGAACUGGAAGGAAAAGAUAUCUUCUUCGAUCGUACACUUCUCUAUCGAAAGGAAGAGAAAGUUCUAACGAUA